CUUUGGACUAGUUCAUUGAUAAUACACUUAAUGCUUUAUUCAUGUUUAUCUCUGCCAGCAAGUAGGCAGGUUUUUUCAUAACUUUCUGGAAAGUUUUCUUGGAAAUAAGGAGACAGCCAGCUAAGCUUCUCUGGUCAGUGAAUAGCCUACUUUUCCUUCUCUAGCUCAAAAGCAUCCCGUAGUAGCUUAGACAAGUAGGUGAACACAAGUCCUUCAAAGUGCAAAGGAAUAUAAGUCCAUCUAGCAGAUAAUAAGAAAAAUGCUUAUUGAAGAAAGGAUAAAAGCAGGAUAAAGGAAGUAAGGAAGCAGUUAUAAAAAUAAAAUAUUAGACCAAGCUAGAUUUCUUUCCUGAGAUAAAUGACUCUAGCUGUUUACUCAAGAUUACAGGCUGAACAGAAUCUUGUGCCCUGGUCUUUGUUGGUUCAAUAAGCCAAACAAGAGGCAAUAAGUGGAAUAUUCCAAGAAAAAGAGCAAAGGGCUAAGCUAUGUGCUGUUCUGGUUAACUGUAUGCGUAAAAAGACCUUCAUUAAGACAAUUACCAAGGAAAGAAUAGGCACAGAAGUAUCAACAUAUGUUAAAUAGAUUUGUGUACAGUAUUUGCAGAUGGAUGCUAAUUGUGGGAUCUACAGAAAGAAGUAGGAAGGAGUGUUAUGCCAAUCAAGUUUACUGUCACAAUAACACAAAAUCUGCAUGAUACUACUUUGGGAUAUAAACAUGGGCAAUUUCUGCAUCUGAUGAAGUGAGCUAUAGCUCAAAAAAGCUUAUGCCUUCUAAGAUGUGUUAGUCUGGAAAAGUGCUACCAGACUCCUCCUGAUUUUUGGUUAGCAUAGACCAACUUGGCUCUCCUCUUACAGUGUCUACAAAGAGAGGCGACAGAAUUUUCCGCUUUGCUUAUCAUGCACUAUGCAGGCAUAACAGGGACAGCGCUAUUCAGCAGUGACUCGGAAGAGAUGCCUGAGGGACAGCACAGGAAUCUGCAAUGAAGUCCGCAUGCCAGUCAUCUGCCAAAUCAAAGAUGGGCGGGUAGCGCUUUAACUCAGCAGCAGGAAAGGCCCGUAUAGGAAGCAUCCUGUUGAUUUCCAAACGGUCAGUUAUUGUAGGCCUCGGAUUUCCCUGAGCUCUCACGGAUGCUGUCCGGCAGCUUCGCUAAUGUAUACCAGAGAGAACGGUGCUUGGUUCCUCUAGGCCAGCUUGAAUCUCAUUUAAUUUUUACAAGAAAGGGUCGGACCGCUGCGGACCGCUUGGUCCAGAGCAACCGCUUAACUUCUUCCGCUGAGGAACAGCGGCAAAACGGCCCCUCUCGCAGUGUGGCGCGCAACCCAACGAGGAAGGAAUGUGCCCCUCACGCUGCCAACACGCCAGCCUUUUCAGCCACUCGGGUCUAGGAGUGAGGCGGUGCCACGUAGCGACGCGAGGAGCAGAGGGGGCGAGGGAGACAGCAGCCUAUCGGCGGGUCGUGCUUCCCCCCUUCAGGUCUGAACCGUCCUUUCGCCGAAAGCAGCUCCGUUUUCCAAGUCAUUUCGGCACGCGUCCACAGACCCGAGACCGUGAGGUCACGCUCCAAGCCAAACGCUUUUGCAGGAAGGCAGCACCGGCCGGUCGCGGGGCCUUGCUUUCCAUCCCAAAGAAGGCCCCUCUUCCCGCGGCCGGGCUCCUCCCAUUGCCAAGCAGCGAAGGGGUUGGGAUUUCCUCCUCUCCCCCCGCGCCCCUGCCAGCCCCCUCUCCACGUUUGCAGCUUUGGGAAGCCGGGAGUUCAGCCGAGCUUGCUCUUGAGCCCUCUCCUCCUUGCGCUCGUCCCUCGCAAUGGAAAGGCCAAGGAUGCCGCCGGCCCGGAGGCGGCAACGCCGCUGUUGCUCGCCCCUGCUCCUCGCCUUGCUAGUUAGCUGCGUGGCAUGCCAGGCUCCGCCGGUGCCGUCCGGGGAGAGCCACUGGGACGGAAAGGACGUGCUGAUCGAGCGCAAGUACGUGCCGGACAAGUGCCCGCGCACCGUUCUCUCCGGCGACUUCGUGCGCUACCAUUACCACGGCACUUUCUCCGACGGCAAGAAAUUCGACUCCAGCUAUGACAGGGGCUCUACAUUCAAUGUAUUUGUGGGGAAAAACCAGCUUAUUGCUGGGAUGGAGAAGGCUCUGCUUGGCAUGUGCGUAAAUGAAAGGCGAUUUGUAAAAAUUCCACCCCAUCUUGGAUAUGGAAGUGAAGGAGUCUCCAGUGUAAUUCCUGCAAAUUCAGUUCUAAAUUUUGAUGUGCUUUUGGUUGACCUUUGGAAUUCUGAAGACCAAGUUCAGAUUCAGACAUAUUACAAGCCAGAAAAUUGUACAAGGACAAUUCAGGUGUCUGAUUUUGUAAGAUACCAUUAUAAUGGAACAUUUUCAGAUGGAACACUAUUUGACUCAAGUCACAAUAGGAUGCGAACAUAUGACACCUAUGUAGGAAUUGGGUGGUUAAUCCCUGGAAUGGACAAAGGUCUCCUUGGAAUGUGUGUAGGAGAAAAGCGCAUAAUCACAGUACCGCCUUUCUUGGCAUAUGGAGAAGAUGGAGAUGGGAAAGAAAUACCUGGUCAAGCUUCUCUUGUCUUUGAUGUGGCUCUUCUAGAUCUACACAAUCCUAAAGACGGGAUUAGUAUAGAAAAACUGUAUGUGCCCAAGUCCUGUGAACGUAAAACCCAAAUUGGGGAUUUCCUUAGGUAUCACUAUAAUGGUACCCUUCUUGAUGGAACGUUGUUUGAUUCCAGUUACUCGCGAAAUCGAACCUAUGACACCUACAUUGGCAAAGGUUAUGUGAUUGCUGGGAUGGAUGAAGGUUUGCUUGGAGUAUGCAUUGGAGAGAAAAGGAGAAUAAUAAUACCACCUCAUCUUGGGUAUGGAGAAGAGGGAAGAGGAAACAUUCCAGGUUCCGCUGUGUUGGUAUUUGACAUUCAUAUGAUAGAUUUUCACAACCCUUCAGAUUCGGUUGAUGUUACAACCUAUUACAAACCUACUAACUGUUCAGUGCUAAGCAAGAAAGGUGAUUACUUGAAGUAUCAUUACAAUGCUUCCCUCCUAGAUGGCACUUUAUUAGACUCAACGAUUAGCCUUGGGAAAACAUAUAAUAUAGUUCUAGGUUCUGGACAAGUUGUCCUGGGAAUGGAUAUAGGUCUCAGAGAUAUGUGCGUUGGAGAAAAAAGAACAAUUAUUAUUCCUCCUCACUUCGGUUAUGGAGAAGCCGGAGUUGAAGGAGAAGUGCCUGGAAGUGCUGUAUUACUAUUUGACAUCGAACUGCUUGAUUUAAUAUCUGGCUUACCAGAAGGCUAUAUGUUUGUGUGGCAUGAUGAAGUAUCUCCAAACCUCUUUGAAGAAAUGGACAAGGAUAACAAUGGAGAAGUUCUCCUAGAAGAAUUCAAUAAAUAUAUCCACGACCAAGUCAAUUCUGGCAAAGGAAAGCUAGCCCCUGGUUAUGAUUCUGAAACAAUUGUGAAGAAUAUGUUCAACAAUCAGGACCGAAAUGGAGAUGGCAAGAUUACUUCUGAAGAAUUCAAACUGAAAGACCAGGAGCCACAGGGACAUGAUGAGCUGUAACUUAGUUGGGUUUUUAAAAACUGUAUGAGCUGAACUGCUGUUAAAAUGUAUGUACCAUAGAAAUGAUCUGAAAUCUCUGUGCAUACUUAAAACGAAGGAUGUGAAAAUGAACAUGUCUCUGUGUGAAUUAAGAUACAAUAGGAGUGUAAAAUGAAGAUGUUUUUGAUUAGGGCAUUUAUAUUAAAAACACAAAGUGCCUCAAAAUGGAUUUUGAUUACUUUUAAACAGCAUACAUCCCACCAUAGUGAUACAUUCAGUUUUAUGUCUCAUUUUAAUGAGUUUUUGCAGAGAUGUGGAUUUUCUGGAAAAAUUUAAAUUGGAACAUUUUCAUAUGCAAAUUAAUAUGAUUCACAUUUGUGUAUUUCUCUCAAUAUCAAUAAUAUUUGGGCUACAUUAUUUGAAGUGAAAAAAAUAAAUUUGGCCUAUGAAGUUUGAACAUUAUAUUCAGAAACAAAAAUAAUACAGUAUGUGAAAAAGCAUGUUAUUGGAAGGUUUGUUCCUACAGUGCAGCUCUUCACAUCAGGUUAUCUGAGGUGAUGGAGUUUCAUCACUUUGUUCUAGUAGCUUUCUGUACGUGGUUUGUAUUCUUUCAGGACAUUUUCUACACUGCAGUAAAUGUUUCUUUGACCUCACAGCAUUGUUGGCACACUUUUGCCUGCAAUACUUGUCCUUGCCAUUUUUCUUAUCAUCACUGUCACAUACUUUUUUUUAGAUUAGCGAUUGUGAUUCCUAUCUAAAAUAGGGAACAAGUAGGUCAUCAGGGAUGUCUGCUGAGAGGCCACAGGCAAGAAAGUGUACAGUACAUGCAAAAUUGGCUGUGGCGCUCUCCUGUCUGUUUACAGCAGGAAGUAGGACAGUAUCAUUCAAUUGGGUCAUAAAGAGGGGUGAGUGUGCUACAGGACCUGCUUGUCUUCACUUCUCUGUAGCUUUUCUUUUCUCUUCUCCCUUCUCCUUUUCACCUACAGAAGCCAAUAAGGGAGAGCCAAGAAAUCUCUACUUCUCAAUUUUUCAUUGCCAUAACCUGGAAAGCAAACAUCAUACAACUCUGAAUCUGUCAAACUUGCCUGAAGGGGUAAAUUUUAUAGCCCACAUCUUUGAAAUUUUGAUACAAAGGUACAAGCUUUCAUUAAAAUCAUGCCUUUUCCCGUUUUGCUACCCUUUGGUGAUAUGCUACACUAUAGGGAAUGGAUUCUGAAAAAAAUGAAGAUAAAAAUAUUAUUAGGAAAUCCGUAUCUUUUUUUUGGGGGGGGGGGGAGAAUCAGUAUUCAGUGCACUGGCAUUAAAAUCUUAUGCUUCCUUAAUAAUUGAAUUAUAGUGGUAAUGAAUUAUCUUCUAUUUCCCCUCCUCCCAAAUGAUAAAAUAUUGUAAUUUUAAAGUGCAGAUAGGCAACCCGCAGCCCUAGCUUUUCUGCACCCAGCCAAAGCUUUCUGUAAGUCUUCCCCUACUGCUUAUGUUGCCACCUCCACAACAUUCAUUAGAAUAGGGUUACUAACACUACUGCUCAGAUCAUGACAAUAUUAGCAACUGCUUUGAGAGUGUUCUGUGUUCAGUUGUAGAGCAGGGCUAACACUCUUAAGACUAGAGUUGCUAGUGGUCUUAGCUGCUCUAUUUUACCAAAAGCAGCAAUGAUGAAUUAGUGUGGAACAAAAAUGGCUGUUCUCUGCUAUCAGCAGCAGAGAAACAAGAAACUUGCCAGUCAGCAAAAUCUGGUGAGAAUAGGACGAAUGUGAAUGAAGCUCUGAUUUUCUACUGCAAAGAAAAAUGACCCAUAUAGUAAAUGUUGCAUAAGUCAUGAGUUUUCACUGUAUGAGGCUGUUGAUGAACAGUUGCAUUGGGUAUUUUAAAAAUGUGUGUUUGUCUUUUAUAUAUUUUAGGAAAAAGAAAAAUGUAUUGUAAAAAUGUGGAUGCAGCUGUUGAUUGCACCUGUGUAAGUUAGCAUGGCUAGUCCAUCUAACUCUUCAAACAGAACUUUUAAGUGGAUUUCAGAUUCAUUCUCAAAUGCCAGCCUUGUCUAUAAAAUUUACCCCUUAAAAACAAAACAGAUUAAGUCAAAAAGUUACUAAAGUAUAGAAGGCUACCAUGACACUAAUAGAAAAUGUACUAGUGUAUUCCCCAGGAUAGUGAGACCUGUAACUGUAGAAUGGUGCUCAUUUUAAAGCACUCCAUUUAAAAUAGUUUUAUAAGUACAGUUGUGUGGAUUUUCUAUGCUGUAACACUAAUAAUACCAUGUUCUGUCAAAUGCAAUACAUUCUGGUAUUAUUAAAUAAAAUGCUGACAAGUAAA